CCUGAGCACUGCUUUCUGUUUUUUUUACGCUUGGGCUCAACUCAUCUGAUCCAGGGCAUCGCUGGCCCGCAGACACGCAGAAGGGAGAAGCUCCCGGUCGCCUCGGUAUAGCCAUGUGCUACGGCAGGUGUGCUCGAAGCAUUGGACAUUGCCUGAUCUGGCUGGCCGUCCUCAGCAUUGUGGCUAACAUCUUGCUUUACUUUCCCAAUGGGGAAACCAAGUACGCGACGGAAAACCUCCUCAGCCGCUUCGUGUGGUUCUUUGCUGGAAUCCUGGGAGGGGGCUUGCUGAUACUGCUGCCGGCGUUUGUCUUCAUUGGGCUGGAAGAAGAUGACUGCUGUGGCUGCUGCGGCCAUGAGAACUGUGGCAAGAGGUGCUCGAUGCUUUCUUCUGGACUGAUGGCCACCAUCGGAAUCCUCGGGUCUGGCUACUGCAUCAUUGUGGCAGCUCUGGGCUUGGCAGAAGGACCAAGAUGUCUCAAUUCCCUCGGCCAGUGGAACUACACCUUUGCCAGCACUGAGGGCCAGUACCUUCUGGACACCUCCACGUGGUCCCAAUGUGUUGAGCCCAAGCAUAUUGUGGAGUGGAAUGUGACUCUGUUUUCUAUCCUCUUGGCUCUUGGUGGAAUUGAAUUCAUCCUGUGUCUUGUUCAAGUAAUCAAUGGGGUGCUUGGAGGUAUCUGUGGCUAUUGCUGCUCUCGCCAACAGCGAUAUGACUGCUGAAAGAGCCACCACCUGAAGACAACUACAGCCUUCCUCUACUGCGUUGUAAUUUAUAUAUUUUACUUUUAUUAAUUUGUAAAACUUUGUAUUAGUGUAUCAUAUUCCACAUAGUCUACUUUUAUAAAGGUGUAUAAAGACUGACAUUUUCAUGUGUCAAUAUUUGAACUUGGUCAAAAACUCCCCUCCCCCCCCCCUUUUUUUUUUGGUUAAGAAAUAAGGAAACAUCCCCCACUGUGCGUCAUGUACAGAUCAGUAAUGGUCCCUUGCAUAGCUGAGAUCAGCCCAACAGUGUUGUGGAUAAGACAGAUCUUCCAGCUCCCAUUGUACCUCCACACAUGUGGUUUGAAAAUAAAAGGUGCCUAGCUGCUCUUGAUGAGACCAAGGACAACGUUAAGUGUUUUCACUGUUUCAAUGGGGAUCCCAUUGGUGUGCCUACAAACCACAACAAGAGUGCCUUUCCAAGGAUGCGGUGUUCUGGGAGCGACCCAGAGUGAGGGACUCGGCAAGGAUGCUCCACCCCAAAUGUAUGAGGCAGUACAUGCAACGCUUCCUAAAUGCUGUGUUUCCUGACACAUGGAGAACUUUUUGUUUUUCAAAGUGAGCACUAUGGAUCACAAAAGCCAGGAGAAUCAGACAAAGAGGAAAACAAGAGACGGAAUGAAGCAAUUGAUCAACACCAUAUGGGGAGAGGGGAGGCUCAUGAAGGAAUACCCCAAACCCAUUUGUUUUUUAUGACAAAUAAAAUGUUUGCUACCA